AUGGAUCUUGAGCAAUGUCAUUACCCUUAUAGCGCUCACGUCAGUAACUACGUUAUCUUCCUAGAUCACCUCAUCGAUACUGAUAAAGACGUCAACUUGCUUGUCGAAAAAGGGAUAAUAAAGAAUCAUAUUGGGGAACACCGCUCGGUGGCAGACAUGGUGAACAAGCUCUGUUUGGGCGUCCCUGUCGUCUUUGGUUCUUACUAUUCUGAAAUAGCUGAAGUCAACAACUAUUAUACAGACCCGUUCAAUAGGUCAUGCGUCGUCCUCAAGAGCGUGUAUUUCGGUAACCCAUGGACAGGGACGGGUACCGUGGCCGCCACGUUAUUAUUGCUCAUGACUCUCAUCCAGGCCGUGGCUUCGAUCAUUCAGGUAAUGCAGAACGCCAAAUCGCCUAAAUAA